AUGGUGUCGCGAUGGUUUACAUUGGCGCUUCUCCUCACACCUUCAUUGGCUCUUCAGAACGAUUUUAGCUUCUACCCGAAAGGUGCACAAAAAUGCCUUGAGAAGAACGCUGACGACGCCUCAUGCACCGGCGCCGACUCAAAGGAGCUCAAUUACUGCCUGUGUGGUUUGGGCAAUUACAAUAAUGACUUCAUCCUUGGCUCAGCGCGCUGCAUUGGACAAGAGUCGCCUAACGACAUUGACGAGACGUACGAUAUGAUGGUGGAGGCUUGUAACAACUCCCAGACACCAAUGAAGACCUCGAAAACGGACUUUCAGCAGGCUGCCCAUGAUGGAGAGACGACUACGAGCGCCACAGGAACGACUGCGACUGCUUCAGCGACUGCUUCAGCGACUGCUUCAGCGACUGAUACCGCUUCUACCGCGUCCGACACGGCUGCUGCUUCGACAACCGAUGCUUCAAAUGCAGAUGCGGACACGGGACUGUCGACAGGUGCGACGAUCGGUGUGGGCGUUGGUGCAGCAGCAGGAGGUGCGGCAAUCGUCGGUUUAGUCAUCUGGCUCUGGCUACACCGUCGCAAGAAGAACGUCGAAGAAUCGCACCCAAUGCUCCCCAACUACGAAACCAACAACUCACCCUACCAUCCUGGAGAGCCCAAACCCGCGUGGGGCACUACACCUACGUCAGGAUGGCAGACACCCGACCCCAACGCAUCAGGAUACUACGCACAACCGAAGCAGCACGCGGGUCCCGUCGAACUACCGCCCGACAACCUUGUAGCUGCGCCGGCUCCUAUAUUCGAGAUGGACGGUACUUCUUCGGGAGCUGUUGAGAUGCCUGGAUCAACGCCUGUUGAUCUUCAUCACCGUGGUAGUGAUGAGCUCAGCAGAGCAGGAUUGGGCUCUUCAGCUGGGGAUACUGCUAUGGUUUCACCUCAGACACAACCUGGGACGCCGUAUCGACCAAACGGAGAGAUGCACCGGUAA